AUGGUUAACCCUGAAUCGCUAGAGGAAACCAAAGCCAAGCGUGCAAACCUUCGCCGCUGGAUCACAAACUCGCUACAAGCCGUUCGUAUCGGAUCGCACAAACGCGUCAACUACAACCCUCCACUAAACUUCACGUCAGUCGACUCGGUCAGCACUCAGCUGUCGAGCUACGACGAAGCUAUCAAGGAUGACAGCGGAAUCGAGUACUACCAACACCUAGUCGAGAUCACCCAACGACUCGAACAAGACCAACGUGAACUCGCCGACCAGCGUCUCAAAGACCUGGAGUACCAACUCGUCCAAGAGAAACUCGCAACUCAGAAGGCAAAGACAGCUGCAGCUAACUCGCCUGCAAAACCAGCAUCAAACAUUCGCCUUGAUUUCGUAAAAAUCCCACCGUUUGACGGUACACCGUCUAAGUAUCGCCGUUUUGAAGAGCUGUUCGAGGCUUUGAUUGAGAACAAUCCUUCCUACGAUGAAGCCUACAAGUUUGUAGCCUUCACCAAUCUCAUCGGUCAUCGUGCAGACGAAUUUGCUCCCAAUCUAUCACCUACACUCGAUAAUCUCGCCAUUGUCAAAAGUCGAAUGAAGAAACACUUCGAGGAGCCGGGACGCAUUCGUGAGUACAUCCGUCAACGCUUCAUUCGCCUCAGUACGGUCACAUCCCCGUCCCAGACCACGCUCUUGCACAAUCUCAUCAUUGCGUGGGAAGAAGGAAUACUCGCGCUCUCCAAGUCAGGAACCUCAGAUGAGCUAAUCGACGCGCAGUAUGUCCGUUUGAUGACAAGCAAGCUGCCUCGUGAAGUCCUCCAAGUCAUCCAGUUCAAGGAGAAUUGGUCAGCUAAACAACUGAUCAAAGGACUGAAGGACAGUCUCGAAACCGAACGUAUGUACAAUGAGUUUUCGAGUGUAAGUUUCCGAGAACCAAAACCUCGUACCAGCGUGCACGUCAGCCACAAUGAACCAAUCACUCGUUCUCAACCUCGUCAGUCGGCUGGACCAGUGCAGUCAUUCACCGAGCUCUGUGCAUUGUGUGACGGUCAUCAUCGAUCGAUCUAUUGCAAUUCUUACGAUGUCACCAAGCGCAGGGAGAUUGCCGAAAAGAAGCGUCUAUGCGAUCGUUGUUUACGCUCUGAUCAUCAUCGUCUCGACUGCCGAUCGCGAUAUAUUUGCCCUUGCGGUGCGCCGCACUCAAAGGUGCUAUGUCAGUUAUCAAACCCUCGUCCUCAUCUCAGCAACUCGACUAGCACUAAGUACGAACCGAUCAAACCGAACUUCGGAGUCCCUCCACCAGAAAAACCGAAACGUACAACCCUCGCUUUCUCUGCACAAGAGCAAACCAUCCCAAAGUCGUUCGCUAGCUCAGAUGACGAUUCAUCGUCCAACUCAACAUUCGUAUCAAUCAAUUCGCCCUCGACAGUGAUCAACACCAACUCAGCAGAAACAGCUGAACUGAAAUACUCGCGACCUGAACUACUUCACACGUACUACAAGACAGUUGUGGUGCGAAUCAAUGAUCAGCUCGUACGCGUACUCAUCGACGGCGGUGGUGGCAGAUCAGGCAUUCUAGAAGAAUGGGCCAACCGUCUGAAAUUACCCACGUACUCACCCCACUCGCUCAGCAUCGGAGGUUUAGGAGGUGACAAUGUCCAAGUCAGCACGCGACUCGUUUCAGCAACGUUAGAGUCAACCACCAGUGAGCAUCAGCUCGGAGUCGUGCUGCCAGUCAUCGCAUCAUUCGGAAAACUUCGUCCAGUAACAGUUCCCACUAGUCUGUGGAAGUCACUAGCAGACAAAGGCUACGUGAUGAGUGAUUCGCCGGAUUACUACAAAGUCCCCAUCGGAAUCAUUCUCGGACUCGAAUACGUCGGCAAGGUCUGGCUCAACAUGGAAAAGAUGAUAACAGAAGACCUUUGCAUUCGACAAUCCAUUUUCGGUUGGAGUUGCUUCGGAGUGACUCUCAAACCAGACAACUCACACUCGACUAUGUUCCUCAUGUGUAGUAGUUUCGAAAGUCGUCCAAUCCAGUGCACACCAGUGGAGGCACUCACGCCCAUCGAGAAGGAGUACCUAGACGAUUUUGCUGAGAACAAAGUCCGUCUCAUCGACAAUCGCUACUUUGUGUCUCUACCGUGGAUCAGUCCAAUCCAGCUAGGCACUCACAGUGACCUAUCACUCGCUCGCUUACGCCGACUAGUUCGCAGUUUGUGUCGCUCAGGAAGAUUCGAGCAGUAUUCGUCAGCUAUCGAGGAACUUAUCAACCUAUUUGCCGAACCAAUCCCUCGUACACCCGACUCAACGAACGUCUACUAUCUACCGCAUCAUUGCGUGAUACGUCUGGACAAAUCAACCACUCAACUUCGACUCGUAUUCGACGGCUCAGCAGCAGAGCCAGGUUUCAAAUCGCUCAACGACAACUUGUUCAAGGGAGUCAACUCUUGGAGUUCUCUUGAUUUGUUGCUUCGUUUUCGCCUUGGUAAACACGCAUUCGUCUCUGAUAUCGAAAAAGCGUUUCUGCAGAUUCAGAUGGAACCGAAUGAUAGAGAUGCACUGCGUUUUUAUUGGAUUGACGCCCAAGGAGUGCCGGUAGCGUAUCGCUUCAAAGUAGUCCCGUUUGGCACCUCCGCGUCUCCGUUCCUACUAUUCGUCGUCAUGUACAAGCACCUGAAAGAGAUGAUCAACCGUAAGAAGGACCAUCCAGAGAACGCUGUUCUCUCGGAUGUAGCGUCAAUCAUUGAGAAACGAUUCUACGUCGAUGAUCUCAUCGUAUCACUUCAUUCGUCAACCCCAGAACAAAUCAACACGAUCAAGGAGACCACCGAAGCCAUCUUCGCCAAAGCAGGCAUGAACGUCCGAAAAUGGCGUACCAAUCUUAAGGAGUUAGACCAGCUGUGGUCACCUGACGCCUCUAACAUCGUCAAACUAUUAGGUCAUCUAUGGACCGUUGCAGUGGACACCUUCUCCUUGACAGUCAACAUUUCGCCCGAGGUGCACCACUCAGUUCUGACCAAACGACUAUUCGCCUCACUGUUAUCCCGAAUCUAUGAUCCGCUCGGACUCGUGUCACCUUACAUCAUUUACCUUCGCUUGAUCCUUCGCAAGUUGUGGGCACACAGUUUAGAAUGGGAUGAACCAGUACCCGAUGAACUUCGCAAGGAAGCACUCGCAGCAGUUCGAGAUGUUCACCUCGUCAAUCAGCUCUCAUUUGCUCGUAAUGUCCUAUCGUCUGGAGAGUCUGAUGAACCAACCACUUUACUCGUCUACAGUGAUGCCAGCAAAGACGCACUCGGAGUAGUAGCGUACACGAUCGUAGACGGAGAAACUAAGCUCUACUACGCCAAGUCUCGACUCAUCAAAGAUUCGUCCUCAGAAACCUCGCCCAAAGAAGUCACUAUUUGUGAAGCCGAGUUAGAAGGUCUCGUAAUGGCAACGGAAGUCGCUCACCAUCUUUCGAAUCUUGCUAUCAUAUCACUCGCUCCCAACAGUAUCGAAGCAAAGUCGAGUCCACCGUUCGAUAAGGUAGUGAUUUGCAGCGACUCUUUUGUCAAUCUUCAACGCCUAUUGAAGCACCCCAAUGACCAGAAACCAAAGAUUUCACUUCGAGUGAACAAAAUGCGCAAACUAGUGCCGCAAGCAGUCUAUCGUCAUGUAGGCACCAAACAGAAUCCUGCAGACCUUAUCUCGAGAGGAUGCACUAUGACAGAACUGAUGAAGAACAAGCAGUGGUUUCGCCCAGAUCUACCAUCAACAGACACUCUUUUCGAAAAGGAGAUUACCACGAUGAUCAAUUCACUCGCAACUAUUCCCAACUCGUGUACCUGCUCUCGAGUCGCCACUUAUGGCCAAGCAGUCAGCUCGUGGAGACGUAUCGCCCGAUGGAUACAAAGCGCAGUCAGUGAUGAGCGCAAGUCAGUACCAGCCGUUGCGCUAGGUAAAAACCUCCUUAUUCGCUACAUCCAACGCCAGCAUUUUUUGGAGGAGAUCAACUCGUUGACUCAAAGCAAGCCACUCGAUCGUAGCAGUGUGCUGAGAAACAGCAAGUGUUUCGUCGACAAGGACGGCAUUCUACGCUUACGAACCCGCAUGAAAAGUGGUGUGAAUCUCUCACUCGACCAAGUCAACCCCGUAAUUCUACCCUCGCGAUGUCAUCUAACCGAACUACUCGUCAAUUAUGAGCAUAAUCGCCAAGGCCAUCCAGGCGCCGACAGAACUAUGGCCGCCAUUCGAGACCAGUACUUCGUAUUCGGUCUACGCCCGUAUGUUCGCAAGUUGCUCAGUCGCUGCAUGAUUUGCAAGCGAACCCGAGGAAAAACGGUCAACGUUGAUCUAGGCAUGGUCCCUAGCUUUCGCUACGACAUGUAUGCCACACCAUUCACCAACGUCGGAAUGGACUUAUUUGGUCCAUUGAAGAUUGCAAUGAAAACACCAGGCAAGCGGUACGGUGUGAUUUUCACCUGUGCUACCACCCGCUCAGUCCAUCUUGAAUUCGUCAACAAUAUGACCGCUCAGGAGGUGUUCACCGCACUCCUCACAUUCAUCGCUCGUCGCGGCAUUCCCCAUCUGUUGUACACCGACAACGGACGUCAGCUACUCGCCAUUAAAAAGCAGUUCGUGCAGUUUGUGGAGCAGAUCAGCGAGCACUAUCCAGGACUCGACAUUCGCAUCAAAUGGAUUCAGCUCACCGCCUCAUCCCCUUGGAGAGGUGGGUUUUAUGAAAGAUUGAUCCGCAUCGUCAAAGAUACCCUCAUCGGAUUGACGUUUCGUCGAGUAAUUGAUGAAAGAGAACUAACACUCGUCCUCUACCAAAUCGAAGCCAGAAUGAAUAGCCGACCGUUGUUUAUGUGGGAAGGAACCGUCGUUACGCCCUCGCACUUCUUUGCCCACAAACCUCUGAUGCAACUCCCACCAAUUGGCAAUCUACCAACGCAUAUCGCUAAGCCUAAGUUGAUCAAAGACUAUGUCGCCCUGCAGCGUCAUAUCAACAGCGUUUGGUUCAACUUUCACUCGCAAUACCUUCUACAGCUGAAAACUUUCCACCAGAACCUAUUCGUGCCCAAUCAGUCUGACAAUCUUCGAGUAGGUGAUGCUGUGAUACUGAAGAACAACACCCCGUCCACGCAGUGGCCUUUCGGAGUAGUGGAACAAGUAGAGAUGUCCCCAGACGGCACUAUCCGAACUGUUCAUGUGCGCACCCAUGAUCGCGGCAAUCUGGUCAUCAAAGCCAGAGAUGUCAGAACUCUCAUACCAUUCGAAUGCACUCAGGAGCAGCAUGAAGAAAUGGACGAACAGAAAUCGGUCGACCCCCAAAUCCCGACUCUACCAGCCAACUCGCACUCCAAUUCUGCCCUUACGGGAUCGCAAGCGAGAAUCUAG